AUGUUGGCCCGAUCUGUCUUGCGGAGUGUGCCGUCGAAGGCCAUCUCCCGACAAUGCUUCCAACAGGUUGCAAAGAGAUCGUCGUCCACAGCUUCUGGCUCGCAAACACAGUCUCCGUUCUACCUCACCUUAACCGCAUCGGCAGCCACGGCUACAGCCAUUGGCUCUAUGGCCUGGUAUUAUCACCUCUAUGGAGAUGAAGCAUUCGCUAUGACUCCAGCUGAGGAGGGUCUCCACGCUACCCAGUACCCUUGGGAACACUCCAAGUGGCUCAAGACCUUCGACCAUGCCGCUCUUCGUCGUGGUUUCCUUGUUUACCGUGAAGUUUGUGCCCAGUGCCAUUCUCUCACCCGUGUCCCUUGGCGAUCGUUCGUUGGUGUCAUGCAUACCGUCGAUGAGAUGAAGGCAAUGGCGGAGGAACACGAAUAUGACACCGAGCCUAACGACCAAGGUGAAAUUGAGAAGCGUCCUGGAAAACUGUCUGAUUACAUCCCAGCCCCAUACAAGAAUGAUGAAGCUGCCAGAGCUGCCAACAACGGUGCCUUGCCCCCAGAUCUCAGCUUGAUCGUCAAAGCCAGACAUGGAGGCUGUGACUACAUUUUCAGCCUCUUGACCGGUUACCCUGACGAACCUCCAGCGGGUGCUAGCGUCCAGGAAGGAUUGAACUUCAACCCUUAUUUCCCCGGUACAGGAAUUGCUAUGGCCCGUGUUCUGUUUGAUGGUCUCGUCGAAUAUGACGACGGCACUCCCGCUACCACCUCCCAAAUGGCCAAGGACGUCACUGAAUUCCUCAACUGGACCGCCGAACCUGAGAUGGAUGAGCGAAAAAAGAUGGGUAUGAAGGCCAUUGUGAUUCUCAGCGCUCUGUUUGCGGUCAGUGUCUGGGUUAAACGAUACAAGUGGGCCACCAUAAAAACAAGAAAGAUUGUUUACAACCCACCAAUUGGCCCCAAGCGAUGA